AUGUUGAGAGUGGCAGUGCUCGCCUCCGGCCCACUGGCGGGCGCUCCAAUCUUGGAUUGUGGCGGAAGUGGCUGCGGCAGGAGAACAAAAAGCUACCACAAAAGCUGGCGGCCCAUCCUGGCGGGAGAUGCACAAAUCAUCAAAGAGGUGUUCCGGGACCGGGCUGCUGAAAAGGGCUCGCUGAAAAAUAAAAGUGGAGAGGUAUGUGUGUGCUUUAUGCCGUCCUUCAUGCCAGCUCAGACCCGGGGGCCGGUGCUGACCGGUACCCACCUGCUCCGUCCCAGCUCAGACCCGGGGGCCGGUGCUGGCCGGUACCCACCUGCUCCGUCCCAGCUCAGACCCGGGGGCUGGUGCUGGCCGGAGCAGCUCCAGCUCCAAGAAGACAGCAUCUACCGGGACAGGCAGAUGCGGGAGCUGAAGCUGACGGAGCUGAAGAAGCAGGCAGAAGAGAGGAGGGCACAGAAUGAGCGGGCGGAGAGACGGGCGCUGCGGGAGCGCCUGCCCCUGCAGACGGAGGAACUGCUGAGCGACGCCCAGCGUGGCAAGGGCACCAGCCUCCGCGCCAAGCAGCUGCUGGGUACGGCGGCGGUGGUGGAGGAGACCUUCGAGAAGAUCAAAGUAGCCACCGGUGUUACCAAGGCCAGGGAUGUGGUGAGACGGUUUCUGGCCCAAGCAGACACUUUCCAGCAGCUGGAGCAGCUGACGAGGCAGAACGAGGAGGCCCUGGUGCGGCUGCGGGAGGAGGAAGAGGCGCUGCAGGCCGAGCUGCAGGGCCUCACCUACUCGGGGGAGGCCCGAGUGAUGGGGGCCCAGCGCCUGCUGGAGGAGCUGUGGGCUCACCUGCGCCAGGAGGAGAUGCAGCGCGACGCGGCCAAGCGGCAGCUGGACAAGGUGACGCGGGUGCUGCUGGUGGCCAAGGCGGGCGUGGAGCACCUAGCCAGCAAAGUGCAGCACAUCUGGCUGGAAAGUGGGCGCUUUGCUGGGGCCCCACCGGACAAGGCUGCCGGCGACUACGUGCUGGAGCUGCUGGCGGAGACAGAGGAGAAGCUGCUCCAGGUGCUGGCCGAGCUGAGCGACCACGACCAGAGGGAGCUGCUGCAGAAAAUCACCAAGGAGGAGUUCCACGCUAACCUGGAGGGGCGUCUGCCCAGCGCCAACGUCCGGGUGAAGCUGCCCGUCGCCCAGAAGCAGGACAUGUAUUACGGUGAGUACGAGAACCAGGCGACGAGGCGAACGUGGAGCAACGGGCCGCGCUCAAGCCGCCAGUCCAGCGCCCUCGUUAGCAGACCAAAGCGCCGCAGCGCCCAAAGAAGAAGGACGUCGAAACCGUAG